AUGAGUGAACAAAGGUUCCGUUUCCUUUUGAGAUGUUUGAGAUUUGACAACAUCAAUGAUCGUAACAUGCGUAAAGAACUUGAUAAAAUGGCAGCAAUUAGGGAAGUGUUUGAACUAUUCACCAAUAAUUUUGAGAAAUAUUUCUCACCGAGUGAAUAUCUAACUAUAGACGAGCAAUUGCUUGCGUUUAGAGGUCGUGCAGCUUUCCGCCAGUACAUCCCCAAUAAGCUAAGUAAAUAUGGCAUUAAAACAUUUGCUUUGGUUGAUGCUAAAACAGCUUAUACUAUGAAACUGGAAACGUAUGUUGGAUUGCAACCUCCAGGUCCAUAUCAGCAAAGUAACAAUGCCAAAGAUAUUGUGAUGAGGAUAGUGGAACCAGUUCAGGGUACAAAUAGAAACAUCACAGGAGAUAACUGGUUCACUAGUAUUCCAUUAGUCAAUGAACUGCUGACUGAAAAGAAAUUGACAUACGUAGGUACUCUCAGAAAAAAUAAAAGAUAA